AUGAAAUGGGUUCGGGCGCAGGACAAUUCGAUCGUGAGCGACGAGGAUGAAAGUCGAUGUGAAACACGUGGUCGUUCCAAGAUAUCCCUCCACCUUACAAAUAGCAAACCCUCGCGAUGCAACCACGAACGCGAGAGGCAGAUCGGUCUCGUUCUCACGGAUUCCCAUUGCCAGAUAACCAGUUUUAUCUGGGAAGAGGGCCGGAGAUCCUCACACUCCGGCUUUGGCAUCACUGCACGACUGCUAGAAGAUACAAAGAUACAACUGGGAAAACGAGAAGUCAGCGACAUGAAGGUUGUCUUCGCUCUCCUCAUCCUCGGAGUUGCAGUCUAUGCAGAGCAGCCACCCGAACCGUGCUGCUGCGACCCUCGCGAUGGCUGCGACCCCGACGGCUGCUUCGACGCCUGCCUCAACGGCUUGCCCGAAACCACCGGGAUCUGCUUCGAACCCCCCUACAACUGUUGGUGUUUUGACUUCGGCUGCACGAAUGCAUUGGCGGAUAAGGCGAACUUCUUCAAGGGCUUCAAGGCCAAACGAAUCUAAUUGAGGAUCCUCUUCAUCUUACCGUCUCAAAAUGCUUGGCGGGGAAUAAAAUAUGAUGUGAUGACGGAAACCUAAAA